AUGGAGGAACAUUGGACAGAAGCACAAUACGAAGCAGCCCUUGCCCAACUGGAAGCCCUCACCGACAAGGUAGCCAUCCCGGUCCACUCGCCCAUCAUAAACAAGACACUCACUAACAGCCCAACGCAGUUGACUGCACUACGAACCACCAUCCCAGCCAUAACAUCCCCGCUCACACGACCCGCUAUCACGAAACCUGCCGCCUUUGCUGGAUUAAAGAAAGCGGCUAUCGGUGCCGUUACUGGAGUUCAAGAUUUGAGAAGAGAAUGGGAGAGUGAUGGCAUGCAGGCUUUGUUGAAGAGGACGAAAGAGAGUUAUGAGAAAGAUGGUGAUUUGAAACUUGCGAAGGAGGUUCCGGCGUGGGGGUGGUUGAAGGAGAGGGAUGGGGAAGAUGGUGAGGAAGUGAAGGGACAACAACAGGAGGUUAAGAAGGAGGAUGGGGUUGGUGGAUGA